GCUGGUAUAUACCGUAUCAUCGGUAACAAUUGUGUACAAGCCAMCUAGYUAAURAAAUAGUGKGGCUAGCGGUCAUUAGUUACAUUUCAAUCAUAGCGAUAGCCUAAUUGAGGCGCAAYAGAGUUCACCGGCGAAUMCCGGAAAUAAUAACUAAACCAACGAACGAGAAAUGGUGGAGGCUAUCAGAAUGAAGAGACAUUUUYCCCAAUAAACGUGUAAACCCGUAAGAGAAGGACAAUCACCUCCAGACAGGAGCAGCAGACCUGAGUUAGUCGUGAGACCGAAGAUAACUUUGCAGACCAGUUCACCAUGUCAGCAGCUGUGAAGGGGGUCAAAGACUCACAGUAAAGAUCAAACCGGAAAAUUAAAGUUACUGCACACUCGAACUUCAGAGUGGCUGUUCCCCAAGUGAAAUAUGCAAUUACAUGCUAAAACGUGACCGGWUCUCGCUGCCUCAUGCUUGCUCUACACAACAAUAAUACCCAUUGUAAAAGCCCAUCUGAACUAUCUUGGCUUAACGAUAAGAAUCUUUCACCAUUUCCUACCGAACUACCUCCUUGUUACACACGCCUCUAGGAAGAGGGAACGCAACACCCUGCUACAACUCAACUCCCUGUGGUGUGAAAGAGGUAUGGGACUGUAGGUGCGAGUAAGGAUGAUAAAAGGCAGAACAUUUGCCGUUUACUAGGAAUUUAUUCCGUCACACGGUAAUAUGGGGAAAAUGGUCUGGACAGAACCAAAGUAAAGUAAAUGUCAAAGCCCCCUCUAUCUUACCUGCCUACCCACUACUUAUCCAACUUAACACCACCUGGUGCACUAACCAAAAUACAGGGGGUGGUCCGCCCAGGUCUUACCUGUGAAUAGACUUCGGGUAUAUCUAUGCCCRCGGGCCUCUUGCCUAAGCACUCCCUAGGUGCCUUCCCCCCCUGGGAACAGAUGAAACAGAAUAUUACAAACUACUUGACAACAAAACUGAGAGAAAAAACUAAGGACAUUAAAGAAGCUCUCUCUCUGAACAACAAACACAGAACACUACAAUCAGCAACAACUAACACAGUACAUAACAAAUCUCUUAGCAACAUGCUACAGCCAUCAGCCUCCUCUCUCAGCAAWCAUCUCCCUCCUGAGCAAGAGAACACUGGUUAAUAUAGCUUCAGGAGUUGGUAAUUGAAGACAGCUGCGUCCUGAUGAGGGGGCGGGGUCAGCUCUCCAAUUAUCAAUGGGGGCCGACCAAUCAGCUGCUUGGGGAGAAUUUCAGGAAGCCAUUUCCUGAAAUACACUCACAAAUACACAUACUACAACACAGAMACUGGGGAACGUAACACUCCUCACUUGGCACAGAUGUCAGUUCUACGUCUACUUUGGAUUAACAUUUGUUUGAGUUGUCAACGAACCGUGAAAUCAACAAUAAAUGUCACCAUGUCAUUGGCUUUAGGUUAGAAGUUGGAUGAAAAAAAKACUAAAUGCCCUUACGUUAACUUUUUGCAAAUCUAUAAUCUGUUUUUCACAUUGAUUCAAUGUCAUCACAUUGCUUUUUUUUUUGGAUGAAAUGAUGUGGAAACAAACACACAGAUAAUAUUGAUUCAAACAGUUUUUGCCUAGUGGGUCAUGUCUUCAACUCACUGAUCAACAAUGGAGACACCUGUCCCUGAGCUGUUGCUGACCAUUCUAGAGGACAAACUGUGUGAAGAAAAACUGAAGAAAUUCAAAUGGCACCUGGUCCAGGGUGUAAAAGGUUUCCCUCAACACAUCCCAAAGGCCCGGCUGGACAAAGCCGACCACCAGGACAUUGUGGAUAAGAUGGUGGAGACUUACGGCCUUGAGGGCGCAAAGAAGAUCACACUGGAGGUCCUGAUGAAGAUGAAGCUGAUUGAUCGCACUAAUAUGUGGACAGAACCAGCAGCCCGGAGUGCUCCAGCAGUGGUUCAAAAAGUCAGAGAUGAACUGAAAUCGUACCUAAAGAAGAAGUAUGACCAAAUAUAUGAGGGGACGUCAAAGAAAGGGGAUUUCGUCUAUCUAAACAAGAUCUACACUGAGCUUUACGUGAUAGAUGGGGCCAUGGGAGGGGUCAGUGGUGAUCAUGAGRUCAGAUGUCUGGAUUCCAGAACACCAGCCACAGAAGAGACCGUUAAGCUCAGUGAAAUAUUCAAACCCCAGCCUGAUCAGAAGAAACGAAUCAGAACAGUGCUUUCACUGGGUAUCGCUGGAGUGGGAAAAACUGUCUCUGUUCAGAAGUUUAUUCUAGACUGGACAGAAGGAAAGGAGAACCAGGACAUUGACUUCAUCAUUCCACUUCCUUUUCGCCAAAUCAAUAAAAUAAGAGCAGAAGACUGCAGUCUGAUUGACCUGCUUCAUCAGUUCUUCCCCUUCAUGGAACCAAUCGAUACUCUGGAGGAAGGUUUUAAGGUUCUGUUCAUCUUUGAUGGUCUGGAUGAGAGUCGACUCCCUCUGGCCCUUAAUCAUAAUAAAGAUGUGGCUAAAGACACAAAAACAGCUCCGCUGGACGUCCUGAUCACAAACCUCAUCACAGGACAGCUCCUCCCUUCUGCUCUCAUCUGGAUAACCUCCCGACCUGCAGCAGCCAAUCAGAUUGAUCGAAACUACAUCCACCAGUGGACCGAGAUACGAGGGUUCAAUGACCCUCAGAAGGAGGAGUACUUCAGGAAGAGAUUCUGUAAUGAUGACCAGGCCUACAGAAUCAUCAACCAUAUAAAGUCUUCAAGGAGCCUCCACAUUAUGUGUCACAUACCAGUGUUUUGUUGGAUUUCAGCCACUGUUCUGAAUGAUAUCCUGGGUAAAACUAAGAGUGGAGAGAUGCCAAAGACUCUGACUAAAAUGUACGAACACUUCCUGCUCUGCCAGACUGAUAAAAUGACAGAACAGAAGUAUCCCACAGGUAGUAAAAACGUUGUCCUUCAACUAGCAAAACUAGCAUUCUGUCAACUGCAAAAAGGACAAUUGAUUUUUUAUGAGAAAGACCUGCGAGAGAGUGGUAUUGACAUUGAGGUGGCUAUAGUGUACUCAGGUGUGUGCACUGAAAUAUUUCUAGAGGAGGAGAAAGUGUUUAGCUUUGUGCAUCUGAGUGUUCAGGAGUUCCUUGCAGCUCUAUAUGCUUACCACUGUCACACAACGUACAACAAUAAUGUACUUCUCCCAAAGCUGACAAGGAAACAUUCAAUAUUUUGUUUUGGAUGUAUUCCACAGUCUUGGACAUCUGUGUUUGACUUACAUAAGACGGCAAUCGACAAAGCCUUAGAGAGCCAGAAUGGACACUUGGACCUUUUCCUCCGCUUCCUGCUUGGUCUUUCACUGGAGUCUAAUCAGAGACUCCUGAGGGGAAUCCUACCAGAGACAAAGGACCAAGAGGACAUUGAGAAAACAGUCAGGUACAUCAAGGAGAAAAUCCGAGAGGACCUUUCUCCAGAGAAGAGCAUCAACCUGUUCCACUGUCUGAGUGAGCUGAAGGAUGAGUCUCUGGUGCUGGAGAUCCAGAGCUAUCUGAGAUCGGGGAGUCUGCCAGUGAAUGACCUGUCACCUACACAGUGGUCAGCACUCACCUUUGUGUUAAUGACAUCUGAGGAAACACAAGAGGUGUUUGACCUGAAGAAAUACAUCAGAUCAGAGGAGGGCCUCCUGAAGCUGUUGGCAGUCAUCACCUCCUGCAGGCGUGCUCUACUAGAUAGCUGUAACCUUACAGCAAGAUGCUGUGAAAUGUUGGCAAAAGCUAUCGGCUCAAACUCCUCUUACAUGAAAGAGCUGGACCUGAGUGACAAUGACCUACAGGAUUCAGGAGUGAAACUGCUCUCUGCUGGUCUGAGGAGUCCACUAUGUAAACUGGAGACACUAAGACUGAAUAGAUGUAACCUCACAAAUAACUGCUGUGUAGCAUUGGCCUCAGCUCUGACUCUGAGGUCAAACGCCUCACACCUAAGGAAGCUGGACCUGAGUGACAACAAUCUACAAGACUCAGGGGUCCAGAAGCUUUCUGAUGGACUGAAUGAUCCACAAUGUAAACUGGAGACACUGGGGUUGUCGUUCUGCGGAGUCACAGAGAAAGGCUGUGCUUAUCUGGCUUCAGCUCUGAUGUCAAACCCCUCCCACCUGAAAGAGCUGGACCUGAGAUACAAUCACCCAAAAGAUUCAGGAGUGAAGCUGCUCUCUGCUGGACAAUAUACAGUCAGUUUUCACCCUGGGGGAGAAUACUGGUUCAGCGUUAGAUAUGUCUGUAACCUCACACUGGACCCGAACACAACAUGCAGAAAUCUAUCUUUGUCUGAGGAGAACAGGAAGGUGACAUGGGUGACCACGAAGCAGCCAUACCCUGAUCACCCUGAGAGAUUUCACUACUAUGCACAGGUGCUGUGUAGAGAGGGUCUGACUGGCCGCUGCUACUGGGAGGUCGAGUGGAGUGGGAAUAGGGUUGAAAUAGGUAUGACAUAUAAAGGAAUCAGCAGAAGAGGACAGAUAGAUGACUGUGUUUUGGGACACAAUGACAAAUCCUGGUGUCUAGAUUGUGAUGGUAACCAAUACACUGCCUGGCACAAUGAUGAGGACACUGCCAUAUCUGUCUCCUCUCGCUCCAACAGAGUAGGAGUGUCUCUGAUUUGGUCGGACGGCAGUUUGGCCUUCUAUAGCAUCUCUUCUUCUAACACGUUGACACACCUGUACACAUUCCGUACCAAAUUCACCGAGCCCCUCUACCCAGGAUUUAAUAUUACAAACAACUCUUCAGUGACUUUGUGUCAUAGAUACCGAAUGAGAAGUUCCCAAGCUCAAUUUCCACCGCAUAUAGGCAAGAGCCUGACACACUAUGCAACAGAGUGAGACUUGAAAGGAGCGCACCUUAAAAUUGCGGUGGGAGAGAGAACCUGCUACAGUUGUUUAGAUAGGAUUUUGAAAAUGAAGAUUCUGAGUUUAUAAAGUGAAAACGAUUUCUAAGAUGCAUACUUUCACAUAUCAUUAAGUCCUGCAUUCAGACACGAGUCCUGCAUUCAGACACGAGUCCUGCAUUCAGACACGAGUCCUGCAUUCAGACACAAGUCCUGCAUUCAGACACGAGUCCUGCAUUCAGACACGAGUGCCAGAAAUGUUCCAAAAAGCGGAAUCUGCAUUGAUUACCAUGGAGAGUGGAUGUUCCUAUUCCUAUUCCGCUUUGUCCGGUGGAGUGGGCCAGAGGCUCCUUUCAAGUCCUGUUUUGAGGCCUUGUGAAACCAGAGGGUUCCAGAGAGCCGGCUGGGUGGAGGAGCACUAUCUGUUGGAUGUAGGCCCACAGACGUUCCCUCUCCUCUGUGUAGUUCCAGUUACACUCUAACUGGAAUGUCAGCAGCAGGAUAGCAAAUCUAGGAGCUUGUGGAAUGUCAGCAGCAGGAUAGCAAAUCUAGGGGCUUGUGGAAUGUCAGCAGCAGGAUAGCGCAAAACUAGGGGCUUGUGGAAUGUCAGCAGCAGGAUAGCAAAUCUAGGGGCUUGUGGAAUGUCAGCAGCAGGAUAGCAAAAUCUAGGGCUUGUGGAAUGUCAGCAGCAGGAUAGCAAAUCUAGGGCUUGUGGAAUGUCAGCAGCAGGAUAGCAAAUCUAGGGCUUGUUGAAUGUCAGCAGCAGGAUAGCAAAUCUAGGGGCUUGUGGAAUGUCAGCAGCAGGAUAGCAAAUCUAGGGGCUUGUGGAAUGUCAGCAGCAGGAUA